ACCUCCCACUCAACAUUUAAAAACCCCACUCAACCCCUUCACUACCAAAAACUCGCUCAUUAUAAACGCACAAGCACACGCCUCUGCCGCCAAAUCAGUACCGAAAACCGCCAACACCACCGCUUGAACUGGCGGUGCUACCACCACAAGCACUGCGAAUGCAGAAGCGUUGAUCAUAAGCAAAAAUCACAGAACAAAAAUGUCUCUUACUAACAGACGCUCCUCACCGAGUACUCCAGCCCAGACGGCUACGUGGACUCGCGAUCUCAAGCACCGAGUCAUCGCGUGCCUGAACAAGCUCUCGGACCGGGAUACACUAGCCCUGGCCACAGCCGAGCUCGAGUCCAUUGCGCGAGCCCUCACGCAAGACUCGUUCGCGCCAUUCCUCAGCUGCCUCCACAACACGGACGCGUCGUCCAAGUCCCCUGUGCGCAAGCAAUGCGUUCAUCUACUGGCUUUACUCUCUCGCUCACACGGAGACUCUCUCUCUCCCUUCCUCUCGAAGAUGAUAUCCACCGUUCUCCGCCGCCUCCGCGACCCUGACUCCGCCGUCCGAUCAGCCUGCGUCGACGCGGUCGCCGCCAUGUCGUCGCAAAUCACCAAACCGCCGUUCUCCGCUUUCUUCAAGCCCUUGAUGGACGCGAUCACGCUCGAGCAGGACCUCAACGCGCAGAUCGGCUCGGCGCUUUGCCUCGCCGCGGCGGUUGAAGCCGUGCAGGACCCGGAGGUGGACCUAUUGCGCAAGAGUUUGCCGAGGUUGGGGAAAUUGGCGAAGAGCGAAGGGUUCAAGGCCAAGGCGGCACUUUUAGUGCUCACUGGGAGCAUCAUUGGAGCCGGUGGAGCGUCGAGUCGGGGAGUGUUGGACUGGUUGGUGCCGUGCGUGGUUGAGUUCUUGAUAAGUGAGGACUGGGCGGUGAGGAAGGCGGCGGCGGAAGCGUUGGGGAAAGUGGCCGUGGCGGAGAGGAAUUUGGCGGCGGAGUAUAAGGUGUCGUGUUUGAAUUCUCUGGAGAGUCGGAGAUUUGAUAAGGUCAAGGUCGUACGGGAGACCAUGAAUCAUACCUUGGAGUUGUGGAAGGACAUUCCUGGUGCAUUUGAGGAGGUCUCUGUUUCAUCUCAGUCUAAAUCUUCUUCAAGAGAUAAUGGUAGUGGUGGAUGCUUUCCUCCUAUCUCAAAAAGUCCCAAUUAUGACGGCUUUAAGACUCCUAAAUCAAAGAAAACAGUCCCCACAAACAGGACCCCUCCAUCUGCUAUUUCGUUUGUGAACACUGCCAAAAUAGAAAGUCCUUCGAGGAGUAAUGACAGGAAUUCAAGCACAGCUAUGCUCUGUAAGCUGGACCACAAGAAACCGUCUGAUUGGAAAGUUGAAGUUGCGGUAUCAAACUCUUUCUCAUCGAAGGUGGCUUGCGAAGAUGGUAUUAAAAGUAGUGACUUCAGGAAUUUCGAGUCGGCAGCAAAUGAGAACAGUGGGAAUUCUAACCGGGAAAUAAAACGUGUCCUCUUUGGUAAGACCAGCGAUGAAAAAGGGCAUAAAUUUGGUGGUUUAAGAUCUGGGUCUCGCGUGGUUCCGUUUCAAGAUGAUGAGAACCUCGACUUGGGUGUUGUAGACAGCAACACAGUCAAAGAUGCCUAUGAGAAUAACAAAGAUGUUGAGGAUCUGUCUUUGAUCCGUGAACAACUUCUUCAAAUUGAAAAUCAGCAAUCCAGUCUGUUAGACCUUCUCCAGAGAUUCAUUGGGAGCUCCAAGAGUGGGAUAAAUUCUCUAGAGACACGUGUACAUGGCAUAGAGAUGGCGCUAAAUGAAAUUUCAUAUGAUUUGGCAAUAUCAAGUGGGAAGAUCCCAAACACCGACUCUGCAGAAAACACAUGUUGUAAGCUACCUGGUGCAGAAUUCUUGAGUUCCAAGUUCUGGAGGAGAGCAGAAGGCCGGUAUUCUACUUCAAGGUUCCCUUCUUCUGGAAAUAUACCAUCACCCAGUGCCAUGCGUAGUGCACCUAGUAAAGAUGGUAUCCCCGAAUCAUAUAAUCUGGAAAGCCAAAGAUUUCAGCUCCAAAAUAGGUUUGAAUAUGAUGUGGAGCCACUGGCAGAUGAACAUGCCGACUCGAGGAGGAAUUUGAGGCAAUGUUUCAACAGCGUACCAAAGAACACACUCCAAGAUGUUGAUAGCGUACAAGUUUGCAAUGCCAGUGGGUUUGACGGGGCUGCAACUGCUAGUUUUACAGCACAGUAAACCUGAGAAACAGAUAAUCUGCUUAGUUGGAAUAGAGAGUUUCAAUGGCCAAUUUCAGCUGCUGAGAGAACAAAUACUACUGGGCGUCAAAACCUCAAGAUGACAUGAAAAAAGAAUCUGGCUGUCAACCAAGUCCUGCAAUAGUGGUGCAUGAAUGCGACAUUUCUGAUUCAAUGCAGGAGAGUAGGGCUAUUUAUUUUAUGCAGAUUCUUUUAGAGGCAGCAUCUAGUUUCAAUUGCCAUACCAGAACAAGUCGUCUCUUAUUUCAAAAUUUGUAAAUAAAAGUUUCCACCAAUCUUUCCCAGGCU